UGUAGCCUUUCGGUUGGAUAUCCUCCCUUGGCGUCCAGGUCAAGAACAUAACUACAACACUAACGACCUAAAAGACAGUUUUCAUGAGCAGCUGAUGGAGGACAGCGCCUUCCUCAAAGCUGAAAGAAGACUGGACACAGAGCUGGUGGACAAACUCAUCCUACAGCUCAACAGAAUCUAUCCACAGAUCCUCACAGACAAGGAAGCCACUAAAUUCAGAAACUUGGACGUCCCUACAAGUGUCCGUUUGGGUGAGCUCCUGACUUACUUGCAGGGGAAAGGUGAGGAAGCAUGUAGGGAGUUUUACAGAGCUCUUCACCUCCAUGUGGAAGAGGUAUACUACAGCUUACCUACACGGCUCCGACUCAGAGAUUCAUUAGAUCCACUCACAUUUCCAAACAUCCAGCAACGGAAACAUGUUCUGAAUGACAGAGGUCCCAUCUUCUUCCUGGGCUGUUUCAGCUUUGCUGUGGGAAUGGCUUUACUCUAUUACUACGGCGAAACUAAAGUAUCGGGAGGCAGCCGGGCCCUUGGGAUGGCAGCUCUUGGUCUGAAAAAGAAAGCACAGGAGGUUCUUAUAUGGUACACUGAAGAAGGCCUCAUGAAGUAGUGGGUGACCCCAUUACACGUGGUGCUUUUGGAAUUUCUGACACUACCAAAGCAUUUACUAUAAAUCUCAAGUGUUCAAUACUAAUUUUGUACACAGUGUGUAUUAUAUACAUGCUUUUGCUCUGAAAUGAGAUGGGCAGGAGAGAUUUGGCACUUUCUUUUUUUCCUUAAUGUCUUUUUUGGUUUAAAGGGAUUAACACACUUUAAAACUUUUUCAAGUGCAUAAUGCAAUCAACAGUUUGUCAAAUUGCUCAAAACAUUUAGCUGUUGUGACUUGAUUUUUUUUUCUUUGUUUGUUUGUUUAGCCAAAUCUCCACGUAUUAUUUACUUUAAUGUAAGUCUGUCAAAAAUUGACGUGAGGCUUCUUUGUGCCCCCACACAGUCAGUAAAAGACAACCUGGUUAUGAACCAUGGCCGCCAUCUUGCGGGCAAAAAGGGCGCUACAUCAUCCAGAAUGUAACAAGUCUAUUAAUUUCGUUCUUCUUUGGACAGUGAAAAAGAGAGAGAAAAUAAUUUAUCAGGAUCAUCCGAGACAUCGUCGAGUGUGUAAAACAACAAUUAAGAUGUAGUAAACGCGUAAUUAUUAUCACGUGAUACCACUUACCAAUGAAAUCCCGUGCUCUGAGAGCAGUGCAUUGUGGGUGGAAUGGCGAUUGACCAAAAUACAUAAAUAUUCGAAUAUAAAUGUAAUAAAAAUAAACCUUUAUUAUAAUCUGACUAUUUAAGGACAAUAUUAAAUAGUUAAAGCUAGUAUAUUUGCCUUAAAAAUUUGAAAAUAAACCAUGAGUGAAACUAAUUCCUGUAAUCGUCGGUAUAUAUACGAUGUCCUCGUAGUCAGGAAGCGUGUUGUAUGAAAGGAGAGAAGGUUAGCACUCCCCUUGACAAGGAUGGAAUUGGCCCUUGUGGCCUGCAACACACAUACGGUUAAGGCAUUGCCACUUACUUCGUGGCAUCUCUAACCAAUUUUUUUGUUGGUCAAACGCUCUAAUAUGGUUGGAAAUCGCAUCAUUGUAUUACCAUCUGUGUACAUAUCUAGAACACCAUCCUCUGUUUUCCGAAGUACGGAAGCACCACUCGUUAUUUUCCUUUGUCUGUGUUUCCGCUUAUAGGACUGGCAGGAUGGACUUUUUUUUUUCUCUUGUGCUGCGACAGCAGUUAGUCACCACCUAACACCACGCAAGAAGUUGCUCAAGUCUUUAUACCCGGUCUCACGACACUCUCUCAGAUAUUUAAUUGUAAUUCGAGCGUCAGUUUAAUAAAUUGAACCCAAGUUUGUGAUAAACAUUGUUUCUUAAAGUAUGGACACUUUUUUUUCAUCUACAGCCUAAUGUGCCUCAUUACUGACUAAAAUGUUACAAGUUUUUGAUGGCUCUAUUUUGCAUAAAGUUUAGCAAGCUUGCACCAAAAUUACAAGCUGAUAAAGUUUUAUAGUUUUUCCGAAGUGAUUUGUAAAUGAUUUAUUUCAAAUUCAUGGCAUAGAGAUGGGUUUGCCAAAAUAACUAUGUAAAGAAGCUGUUAGGUGGUACAAAGGUCAGAAUUUCUGGUGCCCAUAAGAGGCACAUAAACAUAUUUUGCAGCUAACGUGUCUCUGAUUAAUUUGUAAUGUUAUUCUAAAGGGAAAUUACAGCCUUUCGGGGACUGUCCAAUAAUAUAUACUCAUUGAUUCUUGUCAAAAUUUAUGUGUGUUGUGUCCCAGAGAAAUGCCUUAAAUGAGCAAGUGCCAUCAUUUCUUAGACCUUUGUCUUUGUAUAAGAAAAUAAAAACUAUGCAGAAUUAAAAACCAAA